AUGUGCGGCAGAUACCGACAGUGUCCCGAUGGCCGUGCACGAGUCGCAACUCUGGCUCCUGGUGCCAUUGUGGUCCAUCGCGCUCAGUCGGUCGGAGUUAACCAUCACGCCCCCUUCUCCGACAGCGCCCAGCUUGGUCUCUGUGUUUUGCGUACUGCUUCCACCAUCGGCUCAGGACCUCCUGCGCGCACUGCGCAAACCGGCAUCGACGCACAGCCCUUGUCGCAUACUUCCCGACGCCCUGGCUGGUGGUCACCCCCUGCAAUUCCCAGAAGCCCUGCCCAGCAAUCGAUGGCACCCGCACCUAGAAGGCUUUCGACAGGCACCCGAUUUUUCUGGAACAUCUGUGAUCCUGGGAUACCUGACUUGGGCCAGGACCCCUGUCCAAAUGCGGCAACUUUGCAACGGUAUAGUGCAAUGUUCGUGACGGGAAAAUGUACGGAUAUCCUUGCCAACGGAUGUGUAAAGGCGGGAACGUUGAGCGACCGGCCUGGUGACAGCUGGACCGCGUGUGGUGGUGGAUUCCUUGAGUACUCACAACGCUUUGUCUUGCCUUCGGCAGCUGAAGGGAUCCUGAUUAGGACGCGACGGCGAACGGAUACCUCAAGGUAA